AUGCAAAAGAAAUCCCAACAAUUGAUGGAUAAGCUUGACUCAAACGUCACUUUGAUGGUCCAAAAGUACCAGAGCAUUUUAGAACUCGUGACGUCAAGCGAUAAAUCUAUUGGAACCCAGUCAGUAGAGACUCUUCAAAUUGAGUCAAAUGCAUCCACAAUUAUUAGACUAAGUGAAGAACUGCUAUCCAUGACAAGAACUCUGAAAGAAUCUUGGGUUUUAGGCCAACUUCCGAAAAUCAACGAAGACUCAGAUCUGAGUAACGAACACUUGCGGGAAAAAAUGAACCAGUUAUUGGAAUUGGUUAGUGAUGAAACAAAGCAGCCGAAGGAGGAAGAAUCCGAUCUUUAG